UUCUGCUGUGGUAGUGACGAGUUGAGAGCGAUCCCGAUUAAUUGCACAAGGUGCCCUGAAUCGUACAGGUGACCGAAAUUUCAAUUUGGUUUUGUGUUACAAAGAAGACGAACAAUUAACGGCGAGAUGGCAGCGAGCAGUAUCAUGACUGUCGGGAGCAUAUUCCUGAAAAUCUUCAAACUGGUGUUGAACUUGAUCAUCCUUGUCUUGUAUCGCGUCGGUUUCCAUGGAGGUUUCCUGGGCGUUGGCGGCACGUGGAACCUUAACGAGGAGAAGAAUCCGGAUGCUGAGAUAGUUGCAUCUGGUGUCUUCGUUGGCUACUUUAUUUACACCACCGUGUCGUUAAUCAGCUAUUGCUUUUCCACAAACGACCACAAACAUUCUUUCACCGAUAUUCUAAUGAACAUUAUCGGUACUAUGAUGUGGUUGGCUACUGGUGCAACGGCUCUGCAUUAUUGGACUGGUUAUUUGAGCGAGUACAAGUUUACAGCAACAGCAUCUGAGCGACAGGUUGGUUUGGCGCUGGGUUCCUUGUGUGUAAUUUCGGGAGCUACAUAUUUGCUCGACAGCGUCCUCAGCGUCAUCCACGUCAUACGCUCUCACCAAGCCAAGGAAGAGGACGAUGAGUAAACCGAGGAAAAUCGUUUAGUUAGGACUAUAUAUUUUAUACCUAAUUCAUUACUAUCCAUUUCAGUGACUAAAUUAAAGUAUUAAAACGAGUUUUAUAUUCAAAA